AUUAAGCAUUUCUAGGGCAUAUUAUUUAUUUUAUAUUUGUAUUUAUUGAAAACUAAUUCAGUAUCUGUAGAUCACUAGAUUUGGAGUCACUGCCUGUUAUGGCGCAUAGUAGUUAGUUUUGUGCAUGGAGCUUAGCUCAGCUGUUAGCAGAGAUGUCAAAAGUAAAAGUUAAAAAAAAAAGAAAGAAAAGAAACACAGUUUCCUUCCAACACAGGUAACUUAUCUGAGUAACCAGUAGACCUGUGUACUUGUCUUACGAUCAGCUGACUACACUGGUUGGAUCAAGUUUGUGGUGGGUCCUUGUUAGAUUGUUAGAAGUGUUUUUCAGUAACAACGCAGUCUAUCUAUCCCAUUAGGUACAAUGGAGUAAAUGGUCUAACAGCUAUGUAAUAGGCUACCACGUGCUAGUGUUGUACUUACACCAGAAAAUGUACUUUUACUUUUACUUUUGACACCUCUGGCUUUUAGUUUUUCCACUUCCAAACGCUUUAUCAUUAGUAUCCUAGGUAAUAUUUCACUUGGCAGGUUAGAAGAGCCCUUUCAUGCAAGUGCAUAUAGUAGUCAGUUUCGGAUUUAAUUGUUUUUCCUUUUUUUAUGAUGUGAUUUAAGUGUGUGUCUGUUGAAGAGUAACUGACUAACAACUUUUUUUUUGACAAUUUCGUUUGAAAUAGAGGAUGUCCCACUGAACUGAGAUGAGUGACAAUCAUGAUGAUGAAGAGGCGUCAGGUGAGCCUCAAGCCACCACAUCUUCAGAAGGUACCACUGGGCCUAGGUGUGCCAUAUUGGAUGGGAAAUUCUUCAAAGUAGUAUCUCAAAAUCCAAGUGGAAAGAUAGAAGCUGAGUGUCAGCUGUGCACAACCAAGAAAGCCAUUAUUUGUGGCUCUUAUCAAGCAACAACAAAUUUCAAGACACAUUUGAAAAGAAAACACCCAGAGAAUCUACAGGAAUUUGAAAAUUACAAAAAGGAAAGUGCAAGUGGCCAGCAGAAGAAAGCCAAAACAUCAUUAAGGCAGACUCGUUUGUUUGACCAUGCUAGCCCAACAAUAUCACAAAGUAAAGUCGACUCCCUUGUGAAAUCCUUUGUUGUCAAAGGAAUGCACUCAUUAGCCACCGUUGAACAAACAGAAUUCAUCGAGCUUGUGCAGGGACUUCACCCAGGUGCCAAUGUAAUGUCCAGACGGACACUCGGACGACGGAUUGAUGAAGAAUUUGCAACAAAAAAAGCAUUCCUAAAAGAGACGCUUAAAAAUGUUCGCCGUGUUUGUACAACAGUGGAUAUUUGGUCAACAAAGAAAACCAGUUAUUUGGGAGCAACAGUACAUUGGAUCAAUGGAGACACGCUGGAAAGGCAGUCAGCCGCUCUUGCCGUUAGGCAUUUUCCCAGCCCCCAUACUUAUAACCGAAUAGCAGAACUGUUGGAUGAGAUUCACACAGAAUAUGGGCUGUCUUCAGACACCAUUGUGUCUACAGUUACUGAUAAUGCAUCCAACUUUGCAAAGGCCUUUAAAGAGUUCAGUGUCACUGGAAAAACAAAUGACCCAGAUGAAGUUGAAGAGCUGGACGAUGAGCUGUCCUUCCUGGUCAUAGAUCCUGAGAGAGAAGAAGCAUCUGAGUGUUCCAUCAUUUUACCACCACACCUCCGGUGUGCGACACAUACUCUGAGUUUAAUCUCAACUACUGAUGUCAAGAAAUCGAUCACUAGCAAUGCAACUCUCAGCAGGCUGAAUCAUUCAACGAUGGCGAAGUGCUCAGCAUUAUGGACAGCAUCUGGCAGACCAAAGAGUGCUGAAACGCUAGGCAAAGUAAUCGAGCAGCAACUCAAGACACCCUGCAUUACAAGGUGGAAUUCUCUGCAUGACUCCUUGAGUCAGUUGUCAUUCUUGCGUGACAAGCUCCCUGAUGCCAUGACUGCCCUGCAACUUCCACCAUUCAGGGAAGUCGAACUGGACUACAUUGAGGAAUUUUGCAGAGUGUUACGACCGAUUGCCAUCUCAAUAGAUCGGCUUCAAGGGCAAUCUGCAUGCUAUUAUGGUGAGCUGUUGCCAACACUUUUCACCAUUCAAGCCAAGCUGGAGGAUCUGCAAGCAUCAAACUUGAGGUACUGCUCACACGUUCUUCAAGCAACCAUAGCAGGGUUCAAAAAACGCUUCCACAAUUUUCUGAUGCUGGAGCAUGACGUGAAUGAGGCCAUCCUGGCAACCACAACACACCCAUACUUUAAGAUGAGGUGGUUACCCCAGAGGUUGGCUUCUGAGAAGAGGCGAAUACAGCAACUGAUGCUGCACUCAGCAGACGAACUCGGACUUCUCUCAGAGAGUGACGGGACCACACCGAGCACAGAGGAGAAUGACGAAUUCUUUGUGUUCACUGAUCAAGGAACAGUCAACCAGCUGGAGGCCGAGGCCUUGCCCAGCCACAGCAAGGCGGAACUGGAGACCCUUCAUUUUUUGGAGGAUCCCAGAAAAGACCUGGCUUCACUAAAUGCAUACCCUUUGAUGAAACAGCUUUUUGUGAGAUUUAACACAACCCUACCAUCCUCAGCCCCGGUUGAGCGCCUGUUUUCUUUUGCUGGCUUAGUGAACCGGCCUCACAGAAGGUCAUUAACACCAGAUAUGCUGGAGAAGUUGGUUGUCCUGAAGAACAACUGAUCUGUUUUUCUGUUUAAUAUGGAUAAAAUAAAAUGGAUUUGAAUGUAGCGUUA